UGUGCGACAGUGAUGAACAACCUAAUGAAAAUGUCACAGUAACAGUAGAUGAUGGUCAGCAAACUAAAGUUGCUAAGGAUACUGGGUGGUGUCGCUCCAUUUUAAAAUGUCCACCUCGUACAUUAUCAGGUUGGACGUUUUGGUUGAUUCUAGUAGCAGUUAAAAUUGCAGCUAUAACUCUUGUGAUAAUCUACGCAAUAAGGGUUAACGGUGGGUGGACCGGCUGGACAGACUGGUCAGUGUGUACAGUAACAUGUGGUGGAGGAACACGGUACAAAACCAGAACUUGCACUGAUCCUGUCCCUGCACGUGGUGGAGUUGAUUGUGGUGGGGAUCAGGGUGGAGUGGUUACAGAAGCUUGCGCUACUCAACAAUGUCCAGGUGAGGAGUUAACGUUAGUUGAUAAUAACGGAGAUACUGAGAAAGAGGAGGGUUUACUGCGAUAUGGUGGAGAAAGAGUGUGCGCUACUGGUUUCAGCUACAGUACCGCCAGAGCUGUUUGUCGUGGCAUGGGCUUCCAGUAUAAAGGUGCCCGCUGGCUAAGUGGAGUUGAGAGCAGCCCCUUCACUACAGAGAGUGUCCACAUAGCCUGUAAAUCCAGUGACUGGUCUACUUGUACAGCACAGCCCGAGUCUAACUGUUCUCACUCCCUCACACUAACAUGCGGACCACGUAUCAGUGACUGUGGUCUUGUAAAUGGUAUAGAGGGUGCCUGCAACUUGGCUCUCAGCCAGUUCACUUUACCUGGUGCACAUAACACUGGUUCAGGCUCAUUUGGACCUAUGAGAGUUAGAGAGGACGCUCCUAUUGAUCCUGAUCCGGAGCUUUUAGCAUGCUAUUAUCAAAACCACGACAUUUCAAUAACAAGCAUGCUCGAACUUGGAGUGAGACAUCUUGAUAUGGACGUGUCUUAUAUAACGGAGGAAGAAUCUAAAUCCGGGGAGUACUAUGAGAUUGGUAUUGUGCUGGUACAUGGCCUGGCUUACUCCAAAUCCCUGAGGAGGGCUCUGUUGGAGAUAAACACCUGGCUGGGUAAAGCUGAGAACAGAAACGAGGUGGUUGUUUUAAGGGCAGAUAACCACCACGGGGACAAGAGACAGGAGAUAGCAGGGGCGCUGGAGGACGAGUUCAGUGUGGUGACUAGUACCAAGAUGAACCCCAGUCCUAAUCCGCUUCUUGGUGACGCGGUCAAGAGAAACGAGAGACUUGUUGUGUUCAUGAACGAGGAGUUUGAGCCUGAAAACAAGCCAAAUAUGCACCCUUUGAGAUUGGUUAGCACUUGGAAGACACGCUACAUAUCAUUCAGUUGCUUUACAGAGGAGGAGCUGAUUGACAUGAUAAAGGAGGAUUCAGAUACUUCACUAGAAAACCACCAGGUGGAAGUGGCCUGGUUUUACAGCUGGGGGCUGUGUAUAAAAGAUAUGGCGGCUAAAUGUGCGGGGGAAGAGUUCAACAAGUGGAGCGGAAUUAAUAAUGCUGUACAUGAACUUUACAAUAGACCAGUUAGUUACUUACUAUAGAUUAUGUGGGGCUGGAGGAUAAGAGCGGGUUAAUGAGGACGGUUGUGGACGAGAUUAAUAGGAGGA